AUGCCAUGUGCGGAACCGCUUGGUGAAGAGAACAACCCAGGACUGCUUUCAUGUCUAGAGACCUGGGUAAGUUCAUCCGAUUAUCAUACCAACAGCAAGAGAGCAGUUCACCGGAUACGCCAAGCAGAUGAGCAGGGUACUAUCCAUGAUUACUGUGCGGAGUCGGAUAUGUCAGAUGCUAUCGGGCCCGUCGGCAUGUCAAUGAACAAGAAUGCCGAAGUGCUAAAGGGGAACAGGAACAGGCGUGCCGCUGCAUGGGCCAGGAUGCCGUCGACGAGCCUUUCUCUAACAGCCGUUGAACUUGUCCAAGUGGAGAAGGAUCCCUGCAAAACUAAGGGACGGGAUGCCGUGGAGCGUGCCAAAUAG